AUGGACGCCGAUCUCCAUAACGAAUUGCACGUGUGGCACAGCAGAUUUGGCCACGCUGUCAUUUAUCGACUUCCUGCCACAAUUGAUCAGCCUCGCCCAAGUUCUUACACCCUGAACACAUUCGUCAAUGUGGGCGGCGAGCUUGAGAGACACGUCGGUUGGAGUACACAGCAUUACACCCCAGAGGAUGCCAUCCGAGAGAACAUCAACCUACAAACUCGCGUCCGACAACAACGUGACGAACUACAUAUCUGGAGCCAUCCGGACGACGUGAUUAGGUGGAAUUAUGGUGAGAGAACAAGCUACGAAACUUACCUGCAGGCUGAAAAUCAAGAGAAUGCGAACGAAGUGCAUAUCUGGAGCAAUUAUGGCGAUGUCAUCACUUGGGAAGACACUAUCACAAACCAGGAUGUCAACCCACAGGAAAAUAACAGACAUAAUGCCAUCGCACAGAACAUGCAGGGCCAUUGGCGCCGCUUGGGCACCGUUUUCAUCACUCGCACAACUUUCAUCGAUCAAGAAGACAGUGACGAUACCGUUUUCAUCACUCGCACAACUUCUAUCGAUCAAGAAGACAGUGACGACGACAUGGCAAAUGCGGCAUAA